AGCGCGAGUAGUUCCACUUCAACAUCUUCCAGCUCAAGUGUGAGUAGCUCUACUUCAACUUCUUCAAGUUCUAGUGUCAGCAGCUCUACUUCAGCUUCGUCAAGUUCCAGUGUGUCAACACCUACUACGACAACUUCCUCUACAUCGGUGAGUACAAGUGUGUCAAGCAGUACAUCCUCUAGCACAUCGAGUUCAAGCGUGUCCACACCGACGACCACAGUAUAUUCGACAUACUCAAGCGCGAGUAGUUCCACUUCAACAUCUUCCAGCUCAAGUGUGAGUAGCUCUACUUCAACUUCUUCAAGUUCUAGUGUCAGCAGCUCUACUUCAGCUUCGUCAAGUUCCAGUGUGUCAACACCUACUACGACAACUUCCUCUACAUCGGUGAGUACAAGUGUGUCAAGCAGUACAUCCUCUAGCACAUCGAGUUCAAGCGUGUCCACACCGACGACCACAGUAUAUUCGACAUACUCAAGCGCGAGUAGUUCCACUUCAACAUCUUCCAGCUCAAGUGUGAGUAGCUCUACUUCAACUUCUUCAAGUUCUAGUGUCAGCAGCUCUACUUCAGCUUCGUCAAGUUCCAGUGUGUCAACACCUACUACGACAACUUCCUCUACAUCGGUGAGUACAAGUGUGUCAAGCAGUACAUCCUCUAGCACAUCGAGUUCAAGCGUGUCCACACCGACGACCACAGUAUAUUCGACAUACUCAAGCGCGAGUAGUUCCACUUCAACAUCUUCCAGCUCAAGUGUGAGUAGCUCUACUUCAACUUCUUCAAGUUCUAGUGUCAGCAGCUCUACUUCAGCUUCGUCAAGUUCCAGUGUGUCAACACCUACUACGACAACUUCCUCUACAUCGGUGAGUACAAGUGUGUCAAGCAGUACAUCCUCUAGCACAUCGAGUUCAAGCGUGUCCACACCGACGACCACAGUAUAUUCGACAUACUCAAGCGCGAGUAGUUCCACUUCAACAUCUUCCAGCUCAAGUGUGAGUAGCUCUACUUCAACUUCUUCAAGUUCUAGUGUCAGCAGCUCUACUUCAGCUUCGUCAAGUUCCAGUGUGUCAACACCUACUACGACAACUUCCUCUACAUCGGUGAGUACAAGUGUGUCAAGCAGUACAUCCUCUAGCACAUCGAGUUCAAGUGUGUCCACACCGACGACCACAGUGUAUUCGACAUACUCAAGCGCGAGUAGUUCCACUUCAACAUCUUCCAGCUCAAGUGUGAGUAGCUCUACUUCAACUUCUUCAAGUUCUAGUUUGAGUAGCUCUACUUCAACUUCGUCAAGUUCCAGUGUGUCAACACCUACUACGACAACUUCCUCUACAUCGGUGAGUACAAGUGUGUCAAGCAGUACAUCCUCUAGCACAUCGAGUUCAAGCGUGUCCACACCGACGACCACAGUGUACUCGACAUACUCGAGUGCAAGUAGCUCGACUUCAACAUCAUCCAGUUCAAGUGUGAGUAGCUCUACUUCAACUUCAUCUAGCUCCAGUCUGUCCACACUCACUACGACUACUUCCUCCAGCAUCAGCACGAGUGUGUCAAGCCGUACAUCGUCCAGCUCAUCAUCCAGGUAAAAAUAGUUUUGCCCCUUAGAGGAAACACUGUUUUCUCGAUCUUGUUUGUGUCUUGUUACCUUUAAACUUUUUUGGGGGGUUGUGGUGAAGGAUGCCGUGAUUUAGUGAGAUAGCUAUGGAAGGCAAACGUCUGAUUGGAUAUUCUACGGACCAUGUUGUGGUAUCGUCUCUUGAUAUGUAUUUAUGUUGAUUUCUGGUGCACCUUUACGUUUAUUAGUAUAGCGUCAUUUAACUCGCUUUCUUGAUCUCUUUUGCUUCAGAAAUCUUACGUUUCAUUUGCAAGCAUUUCAAAUCAGUGCGAUAUUUAUAUUUAAGACUUAAGCAAAAUCCAGUAAUAUCGAGGUGGGUAAAACUGAGAUUUGAAAACAUGGAAAAAUACGUUAAGAACAUUGCUGUCUAAAGGUACAUAUGAGAUUGCAUGGUUGUACCGAAGUGAGUAUUAGCUGCUUCUUAUGGUCACAGAUAUCAACUUCAUUGUUUUAUAAAGAUGCACUUUGUCAUGAAGACCCCGUUUUUCCCUGAUGACUGACAGAAAGUUAUGAAGCGUUUUCCGGUAGGAAAUGGAAAUGAAAUCAGUUCACGUAGUAUCAUAGUUUAUGUGGAAACUUAUGAAAUAGUUGGCAAGAAACGGUGUUGUUAUGACGAUGAUGACGGUGAUGAUUGUGGACAGGUUGUGAAAUUUUGAGAAAAAUGAUGCGGACGACAAGAAGUGAUUAGUUACUGCUAGGAGUUGUGUUAGUACCACUACUGAGAAGGAAGAGACCAGACAUGUUUAAUUCAUAAACUCACAUAUUUCAUUCGUUAGGUCACCGAGUCUUUUCACGCAAGUUCCUCCAUCUUCAAAAGUGACAUCUGUGUCUUCAUCGAAAUCAGAGUUUACAGUGUCUUCCUCAACAUCAAAGUCCAGUCCAGUAUUCCCUUCUCCGUCUUCGGUGUCUUCCUCGACGACAUCCACUUCAUAUAAAUCGGUUUCUCAGAAGAGUAAAGCUACGGUGUACCCAUCAACUGUAACAAGGACUACAGGGACAGCAUACACUGUUGCUACAUCAAGUAGAACACCACCAACCUUGAAACCGCCGUCACGAACCUCGAGAUCAAGUUCUUCAUCUAGCAGGUUACUAGCCUUUUGUAUUAACGUUUUUAAAGGCGAAGGGCUUAUUGAAUGAGGUUUGCGUCGGUUGGGUAUUAAAUAGAGCAUUGUCUCUCAACGAAGUAGAACGCCUGGUCCACCACUUUAUUAAGCAGGUUUUUGUCAGAAGCUUUGAGAGGUUUUGUUUAUUGAGGGUAAAGAUGUAAAUAACCGAGGUUUUAUAAGGAAAAGUAGCAUAAAAGGAUCGAUGGAUGCCCAACUGGAAAUGUUCCCUGAGCCACCAGGGACGAAAGCAACGUAAAGGGUUUUAUCAAGAAGGUCUUUGCCAUACGCUUUGUGAGCGUUUGAUUAUUGAGGAGAUUACGGGAAAUGUGGGACGUUGUCAUAAGGAAAAGCACUUUAGAGGGAACGACGGACCGCAACAGUAAAUGGUGUCUCAGGAGUCUGAGUUUGAAAGAAGAGGUUGGAAUAAAGUGAAAGCAGAGAAGCAUGACGGUUGGAAAGUAUUUGAUCAACAUCUCAAUAAGGCCUUUGUCGCUCUCUUCUUGUUUGAAUUAUGAUGUACGUUAAGACGGAAUCCAUUAGGAAAUUGAGUAAUUUUAAUUUUCAUAGGACAAAAACCUUGUACCAGAAUAUUUUAAGCCAUAUCGCAUUCUUUUUUACACGUUUCAACGGCUAUAGAUGUAAUUAGUUAACUGUAAUAACACCAAAGACAAUUUUCCCAUAAGAGCCCGAGAAAAUAAAUUUCAAAUUUCACAUUAAAUUGAGAAAACACAGGUAAAAUCGUCACGCGUAAGAUCUCAUUUUGUGAAAUUUGAGGCUUUUGAAGUUUGCUUUUUCGGCCGUUUUCUCGGGGUCCAAUAAGAACCUUUACUUCGGAGUUAUUUCAGACAACGUGUUACAUUUAUAGCCCUUGAAAAGUCUGAAAAAGAAUGCAAUAUGCUUGAAAAUAUUCUGGUACAAGGUUUUUGCCUACUGAAAAUUAAAAUUACUCAAUUUUCCAAUGGAUUUUGUCUUAAGUACUUCCAUUGUUCAGAAGAAAUCAUUUCCACGGGUAAACUCUAAGUGCCGAGUAAUUUACUGGCCUUUCACCAGACAACACCGCAUACAUCUUUUCCGUUUCCCCUUUAGAGAUACCAAGAUACCUCUUUAAUAAGGCAAAAGAUCGUUUAUCGUGAAGAGAUUUACCGAUCUGAUCAGCGAUCAUCCUUGGUAUUUAUUGUGCCAGACUCUACGUCCAUGCAAGAGGCUUCUCUUAGGAAUACAAAAUAAAGUAAGACAAAAGUCAAAAAACAGUAGUUAAAAUCAAACCAGUUUUCUCCAAAGUAGUUGCUCGUUAAACGACAUUGAGCGAGAAUAUAUAAUUGAUAUCCCAUCCUUAUAAAUACACCGAACGCUAACCUCGCUGGGUGUCAUAUUAUUAGAGAAGGAAGGGUAACAUAGAUUGAACUUAUGAUUACGGUUAAAUUUUUAUCACACUUCUAGCACUUCAACUUCAUCAAGUUCUAGUGUGGCCACACCCACUACAACAACCUCGUCCACGAGUGUCAGCUCAAGUGUGUCAAGCAGUACAUCAUCCAGUACUUCAAGUACAAGCGUUUCUACACCAACUACAACAGUGUACUCGACAUAUUCAAGUGUAAGCAGUUCCACGUCAACUUCCUCGAGUACGAGUGUCAGUAGUUCUACUUCAACUAGUUCCAGUGUAAGCAGCUCAACUUCAACUUCCUCAAGUUCUAGUGUGUCCACACCCACUACAACAACGUCGUCCACGAGUGUCAGCACAAGUGUGUCAAGCAGUACAUCAUCCAGUACUUCAAGUACAAGCGUUUCUACACCAACUACAACAGUGUACUCGACAUAUUCAAGUGUGAGCAGUUCCACGUCAACUUCCUCGAGUACGAGUGUCAGUAGUUCUACUUCAACUAGUUCCAGUGUGAGCAGCUCAACUUCAACUUCCUCAAGUUCUAGUGUGUCCACACCCACUACAACAACGUCGUCCACGAGUGUCAGCUCAAGUGUGUCAAGCAGUACAUCAUCCAGUACUUCAAGUACAAGCGUUUCUACACCAACUACAACAGUGUACUCGACAUAUUCAAGUGUGAGCAGUUCCACGUCAACUUCCUCGAGUACGAGUGUCAGUAGUUCUACUUCAACUAGUUCCAGUGUGAGCAGCUCAACUUCAACUUCCUCAAGUUCUAGUGUGUCCACACCCACUACAACAACGUCGUCCACGAGUGUCAGCUCAAGUGUGUCAAGCAGUACAUCAUCCAGUACUUCAAGUACAAGCGUUUCUACACCAACUACAACAGUGUACUCGACAUAUUCAAGUGUGAGCAGUUCCACGUCAACUUCCUCGAGUACGAGUGUCAGUAGUUCUACUUCAACUAGUUCCAGUGUGAGCAGCUCAACUUCAACUUCCUCAAGUUCUAGUGUGUCCACACCCACUACAACAACGUCGUCCACGAGUGUCAGCUCAAGUGUGUCAAGCAGUACAUCAUCCAGUACUUCAAGUACAAGCGUUUCUACACCAACUACAACAGUGUACUCGACAUAUUCAAGUGUGAGCAGUUCCACGUCAACUUCCUCGAGUACGAGUGUCAGUAGUUCUACUUCAACUAGUUCCAGUGUGAGCAGCUCAACUUCAACUUCCUCAAGUUCUAGUGUGUCCACACCCACUACAACGACGUCGUCCACGAGUGUCAGCUCAAGUGUGUCAAGCAGUACAUCAUCCAGUACUUCAAGUACAAGCGUUUCUACACCAACUACAACAGUGUACUCGACAUAUUCAAGUGUGAGCAGUUCCACGUCAACUUCCUCGAGUACGAGUGUCAGUAGUUCUACUUCAACUAGUUCCAGUGUGAGCAGCUCAACUUCAACUUCCUCAAGUUCUAGUGUGUCCACACCCACUACAACAACCUCGUCCACGAGUGUUAGCUCAAGGUAAAACGCAGUCUUAGGUGUACUUGAAGGUUUUUUUUGUGUUUUAUAUAGUUUGGUUGGGGACGUGUUAGACCCAGCAGAUGGGAAAUGGUAUAGGAAUAGUUUUUCUUGCACAGUUUUAGUUGUUUUGCGGAGGUAAAGUGUUUUAAAGUACUUAUCUCACGUGAGAGACAAUGUUUACCGUGGCAAUUUAGGCGUUUUGUGUAUGUGCCUUUUUAGGGUUGCAAUCUGACUUGUUUGUUGGGUGAUAUGUGGGGUUUCUCAUGCUAAAAAAAAUGAUUCAUCGCGGCGCUAUUGUUAGAGACCUUACGAAACUACGACGGCGACCGGAACAGGAGCGUCUCAAACGCAAUAGGUUUUAUGAGCAAAGUAACAACUCUGCGCGUGCAUCACCCUUUUUCGUUCAUUUCUUUCGUCACUGCACGACUACGACGUGAAAAUGCCUAAUUUCAUGUUUUAGAGAGGAAGUAAACAGGCAACCAGGAGAUUUUUUUUCUCUUUCUAAACUUGAGUGUGGUCGCUAAGAAAUCAACUCUGGCGAACUUCGCCUACAUUUGUCUUUUACAGCGAAUUGGUAUAAACGGGACAAAUUGUUAAAAAGAACGAGAAAUCAUUAUGAAAGUGACAUUUUCGCUACUGUUGACGUCGUCGAUGGUGAAGCUCCCUGAUAUCGCUCUCUGAACUCAGACGCGGUCCCUUCUCUUCUCUUGAAACUUUACCUGCCUACUUUGAAGUAACUGGGUGACUUUGUAAAAGGGCGAAAAAGUUUCAAAGGACGCGAAGUCUAUUUUUCAGCGACACUUUCAUUGGCGUCGCCGUUAUCGGAUCGUAAUGUCCCGAUUCUUGAGUGACUGUGAGCCCCUAAGGCUAACGUAUUUUAUGACAAUCUUCCCCUUUAUUUAUCGUCUUUUAGUGUACUUUUUGAAAACUAUUUCUUCAUUUCCUUAUGAUGACUUUGUACUGAUAACCGUAACUGAUCUACUCUGGGAAAUUUUUGUAGGUGGUCAUUGUCUGAUUCAAAGUGAACAGUGUUUUUAGCUUGGGGUAUUAGUAAACACUUGAUGACUGGUGCCGAGGGAAACGGUGAUUGAGAUUCUCAAGAAACAAAAUUAACUGUUUCCCGAGGGACCUGUCUUUAACUGAUUUGUUAUAUAGCUGGAAAUUCAUUAAACCUCGUUUUAACGGCGGUCGUCGAUCAACAUUCGUGAGUAAUAGUGCACUGUUACCCUCUGACGUCAUGGAUUUUGCAGUGUUGCCCGCUCAGACAUUUUGGCGGCAAACAGUUUCAUUGUUAGAUGUCAUGUGACCUUGAACUUGCUUCUGAGCGCGAGCUGUUGGGAAAAAAUUUCCAGCUAUAUAGCAAUUCUGGUUGUUGACUUACUUGGUGAAGUUAUCCAUUUGUCUUUGUUGUUUGUCAGUUAAGCCAUGAUGGUAUUUUGCUCUAAUGCGUAAGUUAAGCUUUUUCAUCACUUCAGGCGCUUUAUCUUAAAGUAUUGCUUUGUAUACUUAACUGUUAUUAACUUUUUAUUCUUGCUUUCUUCCUUGUUCGAUAGACUGUUUUAAGUCGUUGUUAAUUAUAUUUCCUUUACUCUGUUUUCAGAUCCACUUCUACUUCAAGUUCAGUAUCCUCGUCGACGACUUCCACUUCAUAUAGAUCGGUUUCUCAGAAGAGUACAGCCACCGUGUACCCAUCUACUGUGACCAGAACUACAGGGACAGUAUACACUGUUGGUACAUCAAGUAGAACACCACCAACCUUGAAACCGCCCUUACGAACCUCGAGAACAAGUUCUUCAUCUAGCAGGUAACUCUCCAAGCAAUUUUUUUUAAGUUUUAGAAAUGUUUUGACAGACAGAAAGACUCUGUAUAUGCACCCGGAGUUUCGGAUCAAUUUGGUUUCUGGGAAACUGCCCACCCACCCCUCCCCUAAAUCAACAUUUUGUCCUAAACGAGAAGUUAGUGUUAAUGUUGGCUUAGGGGAGGGGUAGGUGGGCAGUUUCCCAGAAACCUAAAUUGAUUCGAGUUCCUUCAGUUACAAAAAAUUGGUAUCCAAGAAAUUUGUCACUUAAGAACGAGAAGGGAACUGGAGCCGAAGUGCUUCCCGCAAUUGUUUCUGGGAUGGUCACUUGAGAUGCGCUAGUCAGCUAUUGGGCAAUUUGUUUCCCUGUCUCUGUAUAGACCUUGUCACGGUUUUCGACGCCAUCAUCUACGAGUAGGCAAACGUGUGAGAAAUUACAGUGUUUCUAUGAGAAUCUAAUGUCAAAUAAUUUCCGUAAAACAGCUGUUUUGAAAAAAAUAUCAAUUGUAAACUAAAGUUACAAAGCAAAGGCGUACCUGUGCUUUAAUUUAUCCAGAGGCUUGCUUGAGAUUUUCCAUAUGUUUGUCUGUAAUUUUCCCGGGACUUUCGUACAGACAAAUGUAUAGGAAAUUUAAAAAGUGGUUCUAGGUCUUCUAGUGCAUGUAACACCCUUACAUUUUCUCAGCAGAAUCCUUAGGAGUGAAGCUUUAGUUUACAAAUCAUAUUUUUUUUCAGAAAAACUGUUCUACGAAAAUUAUUCGAAAUCAGAUUCUCAUACAAACACUGUAAUUUCUCACGCGUUUGCACACUCGUCAAGAUGGGGUCGAAAACCGUGACAAGGUCUAUAGUAGAGAGCUUUAGAUUUGAGGACGAGAGGGAGUACGAGUACGAGAUUUAACUCAAAGUUUUUGCGCGUGUUCUAAAAAAAAAGACGCCUCGGAAAGCUUCAUUUUACUUUUUUUCACCAAAAAAGUCAGUGCGGUUAUUUAUACUGAAGGAAGUAAAGCCUUCUCCCAACAACAAAAUGAUAAAACUUCUUACAUUUGAUAACUUGUUCCUUCCACUACGACAUUCUCGCUUAAACUCGUAGUAGAAUGACGACGGCUACCACGUUUUCCUGCCAAAGUGACGCUGGUUCAAGCGUGAGCACUCCUUAGUAUUGAGAAAAUCUCGUACUCAUACUCGUCCUCGUCUCAGAAUCUAAAGCUUUCUAAUAACAGUUCCAGAAGUCUUUGCGAAAGUUAACUCGGCACGGUUUUCUUCGCGUUUUUAAAGUAGCGAAUUGCAUGUUAAAAUGGGUUAUGGUAAAUUUAAGAGGAAUUGAUCGCAUGAUAAAGAAAGCAUUAUCAGGAAUAUUUACUGGUGGUCUCGUAUAAUCAGGGCUCGAAGUUAACUUUUUAGUGCACUUGCAAAGUUUUGCUAGAAAGAUUUUUUUCCACUAGCAAACUGGUGAGACCACUAGCAAAUUCUUCCCUUUGUUUGGGAGACAUGGAUGAUUCCAACUCGAAAACGUUUGCUAGUUGAUGUUUUUCUCACUCGCAGAUUAUCAAAAUCACUCGCAGUUUCUGAGUUUGCGUUCGUUAAUUUCUAGCCCUGGUAUAAGAGAAUGCAUUCGAAAUUUAUGGCUCCUCUCNUCAAAGUUUUUGCGCGUGUUCUAAAAAAAAAGACGCCUCGGAAAGCUUCAUUUUACUUUUUUUCACCAAAAAAGUCAGUGCGGUUAUUUAUACUGAAGGAAGUAAAGCCUUCUCCCAACAACAAAAUGAUGAAACUUCUUACAUUUGAUAACUUGUUCCUUCCAAUACGACAUUCUCGCUUAAACUCGUAGUAGAAUGACAACGACUACCGCGUUUUCCCGCCAAAAUAACACUGGUUCAAGCGGGAGCACUACUUAGUAUUGAGAAAAUCUCGUACUCAUAGUCGUCCUCGUCUCAGAAUCUAAAGCUUUCUAAUAACAGUUCCAGAAGUCUUUGCGAAAGUUAACUCGGCGCGGUUUUCUUCGCGUUUUUAAAGUGGCGAAUUGCAUGUUAAAAUGGGUUAUGGUAAAUUUAAGAGGAAUUGAUUGCAUGAUAAAGAAAGCAAGGAAUAUUUCCUGGUGGUCUCGUAUAAUCAGGGCUCGAAGUUAACUUUUUAGUGCACUUGCAAAGUUUUGCUAGAAAGAUUUUUUUCCACUAGCAAACUGGUGAGACCACUAGCAAGUUCUUUCCCUUUGUUUGGGAGACAUGGAUGAUUCCAAGUCGCAAACGUUUGCUAGUUGAUGUUUUUCUCACUCGCAGAUUAUCAAAAUCACUCGCAUUUUGCGAGUUUGCGAGCGUUAAUUUCUAGCCCUGGUAUAAGAGAAUACAUUCGAAAUUUAUGGCGAAUCUCAACUUUGUCCUCUCAUUGGUCUUAGUCCCACGCGUCCUGUAAGGCUCUUUGACCAAACUGAUUGGUAACAAACUCAAUUUCCUUCAGUGAUCAAUUAGUUUAGCUUGUUAUCUAAAUCUUAUUGCAUGAAAGAGGUCCGUAAACGAAGAUAUUGUUUUCCUUCGAAAGCUGUUGCUAAGAAAAUAAUAAAAGAGCAGAGAAUCUCCAAAGCAUUUCUCGUAGUCGCCUUCAUUACCUUUCUCCAAGGAAUAUAAUUCUUUAUGAUACUCUGUUUACACGUAAGAAAGGAAAGCAACACUCACUUUAGAUAAAUCAACCCGAAGAACUGGGCUACUUUAGAUCUCAAACUUGUAAUUUUUUUAUUGCAACUUUUCUGGGCUUACAGCACAAGUUCAACACGUUCAAGUGUAAGUAGCUCAACCUCCACUUCAACAUCAACGAGUUCGAGCGUAUCCACACCCACUACAACAGUAUAUUCCUCAAGGUCCAGUGUGUCUACGCCCACUACAACUACGUCGUCCACGAGUGUCAGCUCAAGUGUGUCAAGUAGUACAUCAUCCAGUACUUCAAGUACAAGCGUUUCUACACCAACUACAACAGUGUACUCGACUUAUUCAAGUGCGAGCAGUUCCACGUCAACUUCCUCGAGUACGAGUGUCAGUAGUUCUACUUCAACUAGUUCCAGUGUGAGCAGCUCAACUUCAACUUCCUCAAGUUCUAGUGUGUCCACACCCACUACAACAACGUCGUCCACGAGUGUCAGCUCAAGUGUGUCAAGCAGUACAUCAUCCAGUACUUCAAGUACAAGCGUUUCUACACCAACUACAACAGUGUACUCGACAUAUUCAAGUGUGAGCAGUUCCACGUCAACUUCCUCGAGUACGAGUGUCAGUAGUUCUACUUCAACUAGUUCCAGUGUGAGCAGCUCAACUUCAACUUCCUCAAGUUCUAGUGUGUCCACACCCACUACAACAACCUCGUCCACGAGUGUCAGCACAAGUGUGUCAAGCAGUUCAUCAUCCAGUACUUCAAGUACAAGCGUUUCUACACCAACGACAACUGUUUACUCGACAUAUUCAAGUGUGACUAGCUCAACUUCAACAUCGUCGAGUUCCAGUCUCAGUAGCUCUACUUCAACCUCAUCAAGUUCUAGUCUGUCCACACCCACUACAACAUCCUCUUCCACAAGCGUCAGCACAAGUGUGUCAAGCAGUACAUCAUCAAGGUUUGUUUAAGUUGUUGUUUCAGAUGAAGACGGUGGCUUGUUCUUCCUCUCUCUGUGGUUUUUCUUAAUGUAAUUAUGUCAUUUUUUUGUCAGCGUGUCCUCUUCUAGCUCAUCGUCUAGCAUAUCUACUUCGGUAUCAAGUUCUUCCUCGAGCACUACACGGUAUGGACUAAGUAUGAUGUUUGAUAAAUUUUAGGCUAAAUCCACUUGUUUAUCUUUUUUUCUUUCUUUUGGGAGAUUUGGGAUUAUUGCUUUUUUAUUGACAUGUAUAGUUGUCGGAUGCUAUUUGCUUUGAAGAAGAGCUACAAUCGGCGACAAAAUUGUCGAGCUUCUUUCCGCAAAUAGAGAAUCUUCAUAAAACAUAACAAUCUGCACACCUCCCCUCUCCCCUCUAUUCAAAGUUGGGGUGUUUGAUAUUUCUUACAGGUAGCUCGCACAGCGGCAAACAUUACUUGUCUCAACUAAUUUAGCCGCUGAAAGCUCUGUUUUUUCUUUUUGAAGUUGGUCAAAAGGGCCCUUUAAGGCAAAUUGUCUCAACUAAUUUUGUCGGCGAUGGUAACCUUUUCGAUCUUUUUACUCUGCUAAACCGACAUCAUUAACUCAGCUGAUGAAGCUUAAUUUGUGUUUCAUUCCAAAAAGGACACAACAUUACUGUCUGCUUUGAAACUAAGCCCUUCAUUCUUAUUUUCAGUUUGUCAAGUUUCGUUACCACAAGUACUCCGACAACUUACACGACGUUGUCCUCAUCGUACAUCACUACCAUCACGCCCACGCCAUCAACGACGGUUCCUCUGCCAAGUGUGUGUAAGUAUACUUAGAAUAUUGUCUUCUAACCCGAGACACAUCAUUUAGGAUAAGCAAAGCGCUGCAGAGCAGGGAAGUCACGGGUUCAAUUUUAAGAGCCAAGCAAAGGAGAUAGUUCACGUGACUGGGAUGGCCGAUUAGAAAUGGCGGCGCCGUCGUUAGUUCGUAAAAGGUGACCUGAAUUGGUUACAGUCAACUCUCUCUUAACGGACACCUCUAUAAGACGGACACUUCUUUAAAACAGACAGCUAGAGUUGGUCCCUGCUUUUCUUUACUCCCCUUAUUUGACUCUCUGUAAGACGGACUUCUCUCUAAGACGGACACAGUACUGGUCCCAAAGGUGUCCGUCUUAGGGAGAGUUGACUGUAUUGCGUUUUAAGUACAUUGACACCAGUAGGAUUCAGUAAUCAUAAUCAUGUUCAUAGCCAUGAUCAUAAUCAAAAUCACAAUCAUAUGGACGGGUAACAGAAAAAGAAGAUUAGAAAGUUGAAAGGCAUCAUGAUUUUCCUAUAGAAGUUCGAAAAAAGUGGGGUGUGGAGACAUAGGUGAUUUCGAUGGUAGGGGGACAUUGGAAUCAGUACUAAUGAAAUCUUCCUCAACGUUAUUGACGUGGAAAUCUGAGUUUAUAUGAAACUUUCACCUUACUUCUGUGAAAUAAAUUCAUUUUAAGCAAUUAUACAGCGUUAAUAAUGAUGACGAUGAUUAGUGUCGUAGAAACCAAUAAUGUGGGUGUGUAGGUACGUAUUCAGCUUUGCAAUUUGUCAGUUCAGAAACCUGAAGGGAAUCGGGCCCAGUUAAGUUUCGCAAAGACUUCUGGGGCAAGGAAAAAUUGACCAAUAGCCGACCAGUGCGUCCGUAGUAACGAUCCCAGGAGUCUUUGCGAAAGUUAACUCGGUCCAGUUUCUUUCUUCACUCCUUUUAAUUCAAAUAUACUAUUCUUUUUAAAUCAAAUUUAGCGUCGAUCUGUCCUUCCUGUGUGUACAUAAACAGCAAGAACGAAACCGAAUAUCAUGCGGUAAGUAUUUUUCUUUUUUUACUUUGUUUGUUUUGUUAUUUAGUUAAUUUAAGCCCAGCUGGACGGAUUAUGCGUCUGUUGUCGUCUGACUUCAAGACUGCGUGAGGCGAAAGUUCGUCUAGGCAAAUGAUCCGUCUGAUUCACACAGUUUUACGUAUAAGGGAGUAUCUGACGAACGAUUCUUUUCUUAAUGUUAUCCCCACCUUCCGGAUUGAUCAUCUUGCCUAUAGAAGCCUAAGAUAAAAAUAUCUGCCACUUCAAUUUAAUAGCGAUAUCCAUGAAGUAGCUGUAAUACUCAAGUUAGUUUUUUUUUCUGUAACUGCAGCCAAACACGUCAUGGACCGAUGGAAGCUGUAAGAAUCUCAAGUGCGUGCUGUCGGUUAAUCCAUGCUUCCCUCAGAACAAGAGUGUACAAAUACUCACUGAACAUGUGAUAUGUGAUAAAUGUCCACAGGUAAUACUAUUUCAAUAUUUCCUGGAAUGAGCGGCCUUUUCCAAAUUCACAUGUGCCAGGCUCUCAAAUACGUUACUCUGGGUACCAGCGGUUUUUUGUCGCGUGCGGCGAUCGAAUGGGGCGGAGAAGACAGAAGUCACGGGCGGCGAAGCGCAGGUCACUAUAAAGAUUUCACCAAAAUUCAAAACCGGAAACUGCGCAUGAUAUUCUCAGGCACCCAGGCUCUCAGAUAGGCUGGGACGUCGCGAAAACAAGCCAAGCGAAAAUACGACGCACGUGAUCUGGAGAAUUGGGGGUGGCUCCUUUCUCCCCAGUCAGUUACUUUCUUGGAACCUGGAACAGGAUAUCCCCAAAUUAGCUCCCAUUCCCACGCUCGAGUGAACCAUUAGCUUGGUCCUCGAAUAAUCACGAUUUUCAUGUCCCUCAGAGAAUCACUUGUUUGGGAUUAUCCGUAAAACGCAAGCGUUGGAACCACUUUCAUAAGCGUGAAUAGGACUGAUCACACUUAAUGACUUCAUUCACAUUCUUAAAAGUAAAAGCUACAUCGUAUUGCACAAUGUACAAUAUUACGCUACAGUUCUGCCCAUUGAUUUAUAUAGCCGAACUCGCCAAUCACAUUGUGGAUUUAUAUACAAAAUCAAACUUAAAAACACUCCAUCCUGUAGUAGACAGCGUAGAGAUUCAUCCAUGAAAAGAAGGAAAGUCGGACUAGAAUCGAAGCACGGUAUCAUUUCUAUCAUUGUGUUAUAUCAUUAUUUUGCUUACAAUACGAGUCCAAGCCGUUUAUACUUGAACUUCGCAUCCUUUAAAACUAAAACCAGAAAUAAAAACUAGCAACACAUAGUAAACGGUUCCUUUGGUCUUUUUGUUGACAAAUUUAUGCCAUUUUACAGGGUUAUCUACGCCCUCCUCCGAACUUUAAAGACUGCUGCCCACCGUGUG